GCCAUGUGGUAUAAAUACCGGAGCGCCUGGGAUCUCCGCCAUUCGCUUGUUUUCCUGUGACUGAUAACGGACAGCUGGUAAAUAGUACGGGAGCUGGGUAGGCUGGCGGGGCGGUGCGGUGCGGUGCGGUGCGGUGCGGUGGUAGUCGGUCCUCAGUCAAUUAUGAAAUCAACUGAUGGGGGUUUAAUAGGAUUUCUGCCUAAUUAUUACAUGUAAUGUACAACGCAGGUUCUCUCUAUGGUUGUGAGUGGGUGAGAUCUAUUAUUUACAACUGGGGCAUUGACGUUCUAAUGUUCUAGAGCGGGUGUGUGUGAACGUUCCUUCAUUUUGCUGCUCACUAUCGGUGACCUAAACUAAUAUAUUUAUCACCAUUAGUGAGCAACUGAAUCAAAAAUAUAAAUUUUAUAUAAUAUACAACUUUAAUUUUCUUCUCUUUAGGUUAUUCACAAGAUGGCUCUAGAAGCAGAAGUGCAUCAGGUAACUAUUAAAUCGUACAGCAGCUUGCUGUGCUUCGGGAUGGGGAAGUUGACUUAUGUUUCACACUAUGCACUCAAGCGACAUCUGUUGGCACUGCUAGGGGAGUGGUGGGUUUUGUGUUUAAGGCACUUUACAAACGGUGUAGAGUCAGAACAUGGUAAAUGACUCUAUGGCAAAGUAACAGAAAAUGAGUAGUUAUCAAGGAAACCAGUGGCCUGCCUUAUCAUUAAAUCCUUUUGUACCAUAUAUAUCCCUGAUAAGCAUGGACCUUAAUAUAGAACAUGUGUCUUCUGGGCAUGUGACAGAAAUGUUCUGAAGGGUUGCUUUCAUGUCCAAUAGAAUGCCAAGGCUUGCUUAAUUAUGGAUGGUAUGCCACCUUCACCCAGUUUCAUAACUGGCUUGGCUAUAUUUAAUAUUGUCCCUGGAUUAUUUUAGACAAGUCAGUUGUUCUUGUUGAACUUGAGUAAUGUUGUGUGGGUUUAUUUUUUUUUAUUUUUAUUUUUUUAGAAUGUGGUGGUCAGGAUUAUUAACCUUCCUCUGGUGAGCUCCACCUACAACAUGGUGUCAAGUGCCUAUGUAAACACCAAAGAUAACCAUCCAUAUUUGAAGUCUGUAUGUGAUGUGGCUGAGAAAGGUGUGAAGACCAUCACUUCUGUGGCUAUGGUAGGAGCUGUACCCAUUCUACAGAAACUGGAGCCACAGAGUAAGUGUUUACUGUAUUUUUAUUGGAAUUAUUCCAGAGGGGAGCAGGAACACAAGCUGUGUUUAGAACAUCAAAGGGAUCUGCUUAACACCUAAUUGACUUUAUUGUCAUAAAGUGAAGACCUUCUAUAUCCUACAAUGAGUCAAAGCCAUUAGUGGUUGUCUGAGAGCCACUAGUGGACGCGUGUAAACAUAAAAUUUUUAAAAUUUCUCUAAACCACUCCAAUUAAUUAUAAAGCUUGUGUUCCUUGCUGCUGCUUCACCUACAUAAAUGCAGCAGUGUGUACUUUGUGAAUAAUGCAGUAAAGGGAAGUUGUAAAAAAACACCUCUGAAAUGUCAUUCUUGCUUCCCUAUGAUACCCCAAACAUCUGUGCACACUGUAAGGACUGUCUCUCUGGAAUACUUUGCCCAAUUGUUGGACUGUUGACCUUUUUAGCACAACCUAAGAUCUCUAAACUUCUAGCAAAUGAGUAAACCUUAAUUGAAUACUCCUUAAAUGUACAGUUGUUGCCAUAGAUCUAUAUUGCUUAUUCCCCAAAAUUCUCACUCUUGCUAAUGUAAUAUGCAAACGGUGUCUGUCACUUUGUUGUGAUGGCAGUGAAACCGGCAUUUUGACUUCUGGAAGACUUGCCAUGCUAGCAAAGUGUUCCUGUGCAGUGGGGAUUGGAACAAUAGUGCAACACUCAAACUCUGAAAAUGGCACACUAGAGCAAGGAGUUACCACAAAAGCAAAGAUCUUACCUUAAAUAUCUAUUGCUUAUUUUGCAGUUACGAGAAGUUAAAUGAACACUUCAAACCCCAUAACUGCAGUGCACUGUAGUAGUUAUGGCGUUGGAUACCCUGCACCUCCCAACUGUAAGAACUCAAGUCUUGCUACUUACUUGCGCUUUGUUAUGCACCACUGCCUUCUAUGGAGAACGCAAAACUCUCAAAGCAUAGUGUUGCUGGGCUUGACUCAUUGUCUGAGUGCAAUCAACUGAUGCAUUCAUCCAUUGACAACCCUGCACUGAGUAGUUUCUGGCCAGCUACUGUACCCUUCAGUGUAUCACCAAAUUUUGUUAAGGUAUCCCACUAACUUUUUUUUUUUUCUCUAUAGUUGCUGUUGCCAACAGUGUGGCUUGUGUAGGCCUGGAUAAAAUUGAGGAAAAACUGCCAAUUCUCUAUCAGCCUAGUGACAAGGUGAAGUACAAAAACACUUACCAGAAUAUUGCAAUAAGAAUACAGUGUGACUAGCACAAAUACUCAGUCUGUUUUUUAUUUUUAUUUUUUUUAUUUUUUUGUCAACAUGUGCUAGUUUGGAGGAUAGCUACAUAAUGUUCUUUUCAAGAAUCUGUGCUAUAGUCUGUGGAUAUGGAAACUACAUGGUGGUACACACAAUGCAACCUUGGGUCUGGCAAAUGGAUACAAUGAUCUUUUCUUACAGGGCAGACAUAGGAGCCCACUAACAUUAGUGUGAUUUGACUUUCUAAAAUGUAUUACAAUGACUUGGUAGUCAUGGCACUGCAUCUUUAUAUAGAUGGCUACCUCUUGUCUAAACAUGCUAAGGGGGGGCAUGUGGCAUCAGUUUGAGGAGAAGGUCCAUUCAAAUGCAAUAACUUAACAGUAAACUUUAGCUUAAUGAAGCAGUUUUGGUGUAGAUCUUGUCCCUGCAGUUUCAUUGUUCACUUCUCUGCCAUAUAGGAGUUUAACCCCUUAAGGACCAAACUUCUGGAAUAAAAGGGAAUCAUGACUUGUCACAGCUUUCAUAAACCUUUUCUGAAAAUGACCUUUGCUAUGUUCCUUUAUUGUACCAAAAAUAAUUUUUCUAUUUUUUUUAUUUUUUUUAAAUUUAAUAUGUUGAAGAUAGUAGCCACAAUUUAUUUCCACUUGUUUUCCCUAAUUCCAGUAUGUAAGAGGGGCAUAAGGUGGCUAGCAACCUUAUCUGGACCUCAGUACUGACUGCAUUUCUGGUAACUUGUACAGAUGUUGCUGUUAACUAUUAACUUUCCCUCCAAGGUUGUACACAAUGCCUCAGAACUGGUGGCUGGUGCCAAGGAGACUUUGAUAAACGGCAUUACUGGCAUGGUUGAUAAAACAAAAGGUGCUGUUAAUGGCAGUGUUGCAAUGACAAAGGCUGUUGUGAAUGGCAGCAUUAACACUGUUUUGGGAAGUGGUGUAGCUCAGCAGGUGAGCAGCACAGUUAAUACAGCCUUAACGAAGACUGAAUCUCUGCUGGAAUCUUACUUGCCAGAGACCCAAGAAGAGACAGGUAAGCUGGAAUGCUAGCUUUUUGUCAUUCUGCUGUUUUCUACUGUGUCCUUAAUAUAUACAAAUUCCUAUGCUUCUAUUAUCUUAACAUGCAAUCCUUUUUAAAUUAUGACAAAAUUUAGAAUGUAAGCUUUGCACUAUGCUGAUUAAAAUAGCAGUAGUGUUAAAAUAAACGGUUUCUAACACGGUAGUAUUCUUCUGCUGACAAACUGUUUAACUGUACUGACUGCAAUGCUGAGGUCCCUCUUGCUGGAUUUUUCUAUGCGUCGUCCUUCCACAAUGUGGGUGACAAUCCUUUACUAUGGGCAUUGUUCAAGAUGCUGCAUGUCCUCAACUCCAUGAAAGCCAGUGUUCAGGUGACUGCACCCAGACCAGUUGAUUGAGAUGAAGUGGUAUGGGUGCCUACGUUUGCAGCAAAAACGUGCACCACAGAACCUUCUCAUUCUGAAUGUAAUACUGGGAAGAUCUCCUGGACAGGUGACUAAAUAUAUAUCUAUAUAUUUUUUUUUUUUUUUUUUUCUAAUAGAAGCAAAGAACACCGAAGGCUUUGAAGUGGCAACAGAAAAACCUAACUACUAUUCCAGACUUGGAUCCCUGUCUACCAAAGCUCGCAAACGUGUCUACCAGAGAGCUCUGACUCGUGUGGUGGAAGCCAAAACAAAAAGCCAAGAAACUAUUGCUCAGUUGAAUAACACACUUGACCUUGUAAGUGCUUAGUGGGCUGUGGGUUUUUAAUUUAAAUUUGGGUUUUUUAAUUUUUAUUUUUUUUUCUGUUAAUGUUUGUCACAUUGCAUUCACAGGUUUAAUUUUAGGCAGCCCAGCAAAAAAAAUCUGUUCCAGGAUGCCAGUCUCCUGUUUUGGUGGUGCAACUAGCCUGGCACACAACUACAAAUACUGCAGUGUUCAAGCUGAGACCCUGCACAUACAGACUUCUACCACUAUGACCACUGAUAGUUGGAGUAACUCUUUAAAAUGUUAGGAUUAAAAUGUUAAUCCUUCACAUUUAAGCAGUUUCUCACCUGUGCUGUCAGCUUUAUCCAUAUCCAAGAUAGUUGUCUUUCAUGUUAUCAAUUACCAAUGAUAUAGUUGAAGUACUGGUUUUCGCCAGCUCAGAGCAAGGCUCAUCUAGCCGCUAAGGUAAACUUAUGCAGAGGCCUUUUGUUCUGUCUUAGUCCAUCCGUCAAUGGACCUAUUUACAAGGCACACCCAUGGGUUCUCAUAGUAGUGCUGUGGUGGAAAACCUGUUCUAAAACAUCUCCCACUCUUUUCCAAAAGGAUUGCAUCUGAGGGCAAUCCUACCACAUAUGCAGGUACAUGCCACAGAGGCCACAGCCUCUCCAAGAUGUUAAUUACAUCUAACUGCACCCCUUCAUUCCCCACUUUGAGUGGUUUGACAAACCACACAACCUAAUUUGUCAUGCCUAAACAUUGGGCAACAUGCUAGAAAUAACAAAUGUACCUCCUGUGUCUAGAUUGCCUUGGCAAGCCAAAAGUUUCAUGGUGCUGAAGAGAGAAUCUACUCCACUAUCCAGGAAUGGAGAAAGGGUUCAGAUGAACAUGCUGAAGAUGAAUCUCAAAGUGCUGAGGUAAUUAAUAUCUGGUUUUCCCAUACCAUAAAUGCUUUUGAUAUUCAUCCCAACAAAUAUCCUCCUGUUUCAAUUGGCCUGCUUUCCCAUGAAAUGGGACUACCUGUGACAGAUGUGCAGGUAUCUCGGACAUGAUGCACAAGCCAGAUACUAAAACACAAACCCUGCAGUUAAAUUAUUGCAAAGUGGUGUAAACCUCAUUCUUGGUGCUGUAAUUCUGAUCUACUUCAGUAGCUGCUAAAUGGUAUAGGUGACAGAAGUCACUCCACAGUAAGCAGUGAAUGACUAUCUAGAGCCUGAUAUAAACUUGUACUUGCUAUAUUGUACACCACUUCCAAUUUCUUGAUUUGCCUAAAUGUUUUGUGUAACACCCCAGUAAUGACCUUAUUUUUUUUUUUUUUGUCUAACAGCAGUCAGAGUUGCACAUCUUGGCCAUUGGAAGAAACCUGACAAAGACACUUCAGACAACCUGUCAAUCCCUCCUGUCUAAUGUGCAGCCCUACAAUAUAUUCUCUACAACCAUCGUACAAAAAGCAGAGUAUGUUGCUGCAACAGCUAAAACUCUGUACCAAACCUUCCACAAUUCACAAAUGUACGGCAACAUCACCCAGCUUGUUAGCAGCAGCAAAAUGCGUCUCAGAGAAAUUAAGUAUUCUAUGGAUGACAUGAUGGACCUUGUAGUCAACAAUACACCACUCAACUGGCUGGUAGGUCCCUUUUACCCCCAGGUGUCUGGGUCUCACCAUGGUGAACAAGGUGAUGGGGCAGGCACACCUGAACAAGAUGGGACAGAAAUGAACACUUGCAAUAAAUCACAUUCCAGUUAACUUUGUUAAGCACCUGGGUGGGCUCAUGUGUACACACCACCCUCUUAACUGAUCUCCUGCUGUAUCAGCACAAUGUCAGUUUUAUAUUGGCAGAAAUAUCCUAUUCCAGCACCACCAGAAAUGUUUCAUAUUACCACUGUUGGUACAUAUCCUACAUACUCUGUAACCUUGACCACUGCUUCAUACAUGCUCUUUUGCUAUUGUAUAAGACACAGAUGCAUAACAAAUUUUUAAAAACAAUAAAUACUUUAUUGUAAAGUCUUUAAAUGCCACAUCUUUGCUUUAUGUUACUCUGCUGCUCCCCCUGAGACAUUUGAUUUGUGACCUAAUAUAUAUAUCUCUUUGAAAGUUCACUUGCAACUGUCAUGAUUCAUUUAAAGGACCACUAUAGGGUCAGGAACACAAACAUGUAUUCUUGACCAUGUAGUGUUAAAACCACCAUCUAGCCCCUCAUGCAUCCAUAAAUAUAGCAACAUCUUACUGUAUUCAAGCCAGAAGUUGUAACUCUACAUGCUGUUUGCCUAAAAAAAAAAGCAGUCUGCUGACACCAGAAGUGGUAGCCUGAUCCACUCACAAUGCUUCCCCAUAGGAUUGGCUGAGACUGACAAAGAGGCAGAUCAGGGGCAGAGCCGGCACAAUUCAAACACGGCCCUGGCAAAUCAGCAUCUCAUAGAGAUGAAUUGCAUCAAUGAAUCUCUGAGGAAAGUUCAGUGUCUGCAUGCAGAGGCUGGAGACAAUGAAUGUUUGGAUGCAUUUUAGGCAGCCAUGGCCCAGGAAGGAUCUCUUACAGCCAUCUGAGGAGUGGCCAGUGAAGUUAUCACUAGGCUGUAAUGUAAACACUGCAUUUUCUCUGAAAAGACAGUGUUUACAGCAAAGCCUGAAGGGAAUGAUUCUACUCACCAGAACAAAUUCAAUAAGCUGUAGUUGUUCUGGUGACUAGUGUCCCUUUAAAUUGAAACUUGUAGGAUGUGAAGGAAGAUGCAUAUCUCAGAUCUUUCAGAAGACUAGCUAUGUUAUAGCAAAUGCACUCUUAUUUUCUAACCAUUAAUGAUCUAAACUCCACACUUCAUAUCCCUGGAAAGCUUCAAUGAGUAACUGUCCCUCUAGUGCAUACGAGGUGUGUUCCAAUCUACUGAAUACCAAAGUCGAGUAGGAACAAAUAUCUGCUUUAACUUUUUUUUUUGGCACUGUAACUUCUAAUCCUUCGUAUUCUAAAUGGUACCCUGGUGUUAAAGUGAGAGCACAUUAACAACUUUGCAUAUAUACGAAGGUUUCACAUGCAGUUUGUUUUCCACUCAAAGACUACUGCUGGCUCUUAACCAGUAGGUGACACUGAGGACUCUUGCUUAAUCUUCAUAAAGACUAACUUAUUUGGCAGAUUGUGGCAAUUGUUGUGCAUGUUGAUGCUUCUCUGAAAAGUAUUGGACAAAAUUGGUAUUACUGACUUAUCCAUAAGUGGAUCACUUUCCACUGAAACAAAGUGACUUAAAGGGACUCUCCAGCUCCACUGCACCCACAACUUUUUUUUAUCUAAAUGAAGAUUUUCUUUUUAAAACCCCCAGAGUUAAAACGACUUAACUCUGAAUUUGUGCCUCUGACCUGCUCAAGAAAGAGGCUUGGAUGCCAGUGACAGGCUGAGUCUGAUACUCACUCAGCCUAAAGAGUUGAUAAGGAUGAGGGGGCAAGUCCCUGGUUGCCUUCCUCCUGUACAGGAUUAAAGAAGUUAUUAAUUCAAACUUAGGUCUUCCUAUUAACCGCUAACUUUACACAACUUGGGUGAGAAGAAAAUAAAACCUGACAUUUUGAUCAGGAUGCUAGACUACCAGCUAAUCUCUAAAUUCUCACCUAAUUCAGAGAAUUUUCUUUUUGAUAACGUUACAUCUUACUCAAACUGUAAAACUUUUUUCUAAAUUGUGUAAUUCUUUCAAGAAGUACCUCUGCACAUUAACCAGUCUUUGACUGCGUUAAAGCACAUUAUAGGCACCCAGAGCUGCUCUUUGAGAUAGUGCCAUGUCUGCAAUUAAAAACAUCUGUUGGGACAGCAAUGUUAACACUGCAGGGUUUAAAUGCCUAUAGUGACAGCUACUAGAAGCACUCUUGCAGAAAUGGGGUGAAUCACCUUUUUUAUAAUGUCUUGACCAUUUGACAAGUCAACUAGCAAGCAGGCAGUGGCUCUAGUGCAGACAUAGGCAACCUUCGUCUCGCUAUAUGUUUUGGACUAGAACUCCCAUUGCUAUGCCAGCAUUACAGGGGAUGUGGUCCACAACAUCUGGAGUGCCAAAGGUUGCCUAUCCCUGCUCUAGUGGCUGCCUGAUGGCCACUAGAGGCAGUCUUACUCCUGUAAUUGUUGUAGUUUCUCAAACUGCAAUGACUUCCACAGUAGGACUAAGUGGGACACAGGCACUUGACCUAGAACACCUCAAUGCAAUUAAGUGGUGUGUGUGCCUUUUUAAAGGGGAGACUCCAGACCGUUAAGCUUGCUGAAAUCUUUGUGUGAAUGGGCGGGGAGAGCAGAUACCAAUAGAAAUUAACAGCCAUGGGGUGAAAACAGGUUAACUUAUAAAACUGUAAAUUGGAUAAUGGUCCUAUUAUAUCCUGGCUUGGUUAGCUCAGUGGAGCUACACUAAACUGGCAACAACUGACCAUAGCACUUUCCUUGUAUAAACUUCUCAUGAAGUCUGAUUAAAUGGCCAAAGUCUGGGCUGAUUUCAGAAGGGUAAGGCUUCCAAAGCCUUCAGACAAGGGAACUGCAGGUUUUGCUAGUUUUAUUUUAUAAAAUGCUCUACUAAACAGUGUUUCUCAUUUUUUUUUUUUUUUUUGUGUACGUAGACAUUGGAUUGUCCCUCUAAGUUUAGAGGUUGGAUAGUGAUGCACAACAAAAUGCCAUGAUGCACCAAUCUGAAUCAAUGUAUGUGUGCAAAUGUUCAACGCCUCCAUGCAAAGCGUGGAGACUCUGAAAGCUUGUGCUGCACCUGUAGUGGCAGUCUAAAUGAAUAACACUAGGCCGCAAUGUAAACUCUCUUCUCUGAAAAUGCAACAUUUACAUUGAAAAGCCUCAAGGGACAGUCUACUCACCAGGACCACUAAAUGGUCUGUCCCUUUAAAGAAAUGCUGCUUCCAGAGAAGUGACAGCUCAUUGUUCUGGAACACUACAAACGCUACUGUAGUGUUGGCUGGGCUGAAGAACAUGGCUCAAUUCGAGUGACUCAUCCCCUGUAGGAUGCCCUAAGAAUUCUCAGUCAUGCAGCAGCACAUGUGCUAAACUUAGAUAUUUUAAAGGAUCACUAUAGUGUCAGGAAAACAAAGUGGCUUUCCUGACAUUAUAGUACCCUGAGGGUGCCCCCACCCUCAGGGUCACCCUUUUGUGGUGCUGAAGGGGUUAAAACCCCUUCAGCUUACCUUAUUCCAGCGCCGGGCUCCCUCUGCGCUGGUGACCUCCUCCCCCGCCGAUGUCAAUGGAUCCGAAUGUGCAUGCGUGGCAAGUGCUGCUCUCGCAUUUAAAGUGUCCAUAGGAAAGCAUUUCUCAAUACUUUCCUAUAGACGCUCUGCACGAUAGAGGCAUAAUAUGCCUCCAGCGUGGCAGAUGCGCCUCUAGUGGCUUAACCCCAAAUGUAAACCUAGCAGUUUCUCUGAAACUGCUGUUUGCAUCUGAAGGGUUAAAACCUGAGGGACAUUGCACCCAGACCCCUUCAUUGAGCUGAAGUGGUCUGGAUGACUAUAGUGUCCCUUUAACGUGGUUGUCAUAUGCAUCAUAUUUGCUGAACUGAAAGUGUCUGGCUUUGUCAUGCUGCAAGAGAUAUAAUGGAUAACCAUUGGUCCCUUUUGCCAAAGUUGUCAAACUCUAAUCAAGUGACUGCCUUUCUUAGAAUUAAUAGAUAAAGUUGGUUAAAUGGUAUUGCGUAACUUUAGAUGAGGUUUUUGUCUUCCUCUGGAAAGUCAGUGGAUAAAGAAUUUUAGACCUGUUUCUGCUAAUUAGAAUAGUCUGUAAUAACAUAAGACACUUUGCUUCUCAAAAUCUAAUGUAUCUUGAGAAUUGUGAGACUUGUAAAAAGCUGCAUGUGAAAGGGAUCUGCCUCCCCACUCCCAUCAAAAAAAAUCUCUCCUUUCUCUUCCACCCCCUCCAUCUCUUCCAUAUUACUAAAUUCUGACAGAGCAGAAGGAACAUCCCACAGCCUGUCUUACUGCACCCAUAGAAACCUCUAACACUAGUCAACACUUGUGCUAGCUAGGGUAUAUAGUGAUUGAGUGAAUCCUGUCCCUUAGUUCAUCUGCUGGCAAACUGUCAUUGUGGAAGCUUUCCAAAGCAGGGCAAAUCAUUGAGUGCAGUUUGACAGGGGGUGGGUACUACAGAAAUGUAACACCACUGUAAGAAUGGCAGCAGAUUGUUGGUUUUUUUUUUUUUUAUUUAUUUUUUUUUUUUAGUUUCCCUCCCCCCUUUAGACUUGCCAUAUCUGCACCUCAACCAGUUGCUAACAGUUUGACUUCUCACCUGGGAUGAACACUGGCUGCUGUCUUUGAGAGCUGGAGGCUAUCUGCUCUUAGCCAGUGAGCUAAGGCCUUCACUUUGCAGUCAGCUGACUGUCAGUAGACCCUUGUUACAGGCCAACUGUUGGCAAAUGGUCUGACUAUAAAUGGGUGCACCAGGGCACUUCAGGCCAAUUACUACUGCAUGCAUGUGGUGGCCAUGGUAACUGGAAUUUUUUUUUUUAUUAUUUUUUUUUGGGUCGAAUUACUGCCUGUUUUUUUAUAUAUUGAACAGCUUUGAUAGUCUAUGCUUUCUCUCACCAGGUACCUGAUUUCACAAAUGCUCUUGAAUCUGGAAGUGGUGAUUCUGAUACAGAGGAAAUGCAAGAUGUGUGACAAAGCUGAGUCACACUGAUGUGGAACAAUAUGUUCAAACUGUGCACUGAAACAAUCUGAAGCAGUUCAACAAUGGCUACAAUACCAGAACAUGAGACGCUUAUCUCUCCCUCUGAUUUUCUGUAACACCCUCAUGUAGUGUGUGUAAUGUGUGUGCAUAUAUUAUAUAUAAAAAAAAAUUCUUACUAAUCAAUACUUUAUCCUGCUGAAAAGCAAUACAACUUAACUGUUUGUUUAGUAGAACUCUUACACAAGUUUAUGAUAAGCCAUUGUUCUCUGUAGCUUAAAUUUGGAUUGCUAUGGUUUAGUUUAUAUUGUUAUUAAAGCACUAAUCUAUUGAACAAAAUGAGUGCCCUCUUUUGUUUAGGCACUCUUCAGUUGCUGUCUCUCUAUAAACUUGUGGUGUUGACAAGCCAAAAACAUUAACUUGGCUAUAAGACUGCACUUGUCCUCUUGCAUGUUGCCACAGCUAAUCUGCAGAAAUAGCUCGUUCUCUCUGCAAAUUAGUAGACAUAGAAUUAUCAUCCAGCUUGGAACAGUAAUCACCUGUAUCCUAAGAAAAUAUUCUUUUCUGAUGGAACAAAUCGAACAAUCUCUCCCCUUCCCAAAUAGGUAUGUGGUGGGCUCCAUUUAGGGUAGAAUCUUACCCACGGAACAAGGGCACCCAUGCAGUGUGGCUACAUCGCAUGUCAAUGGAGUGUAAACUAACUUGGUACAAAUCUGAUAAGUGGAAUUAUCAUAUAACUAAGCAGUGUGCAGUUACUUAAACAGUUUUUAGGCUGCUUAAGUAAAGCUGAAACUAGCAACCUGCAAAAAAAAUGGACAUCUUACUGAAGUGUGGUGUUUUGAAGCAGAAACUCUGCACAUACAGAUUUCUACCACCAUGGCUACUUUUAAGAACUGGAGUGGUCAUAAUGGUUGGAGUGCUCUUUAAUAGAAACCUUCUAAAGGGUCACUGGAGUGCAAAUUUGAAGUAACUAUCAAGAUUAUGUGCCAUUUAAUAUCAAGACUUUACUGCAAAGUCUCUUUUGCAGAGUGGGCUGUUCUGCCAUUCAAUAUAUGUGCCUACAGACAUCCACUAUGCACAAAAAUGACACUGGUGCCAUAGGUGGGUAUAACACGAAUGGGUAGCAGUUCAUAGUAAAAUGCACCAUGACAACUAAAAGACAUAAGUUGUAGUUAGAAUAACCCUUUAAUGUAUUUUCAGUCUCAUGCUGGGCACUGAGCAUUAUACAUGCUUUCAGUGGGUGUAAUGCUUGUCACUCUCAUAUACUGUAUGGGAAGGCACAGACUUGUUUCCAAUAACUGGUUAGAAGUCUGUUUUUUUUUUUUUUUUUUUAACUUUAUAGUAUAUAAAAAAAACAUAUCUCUCCAUUGUCAUAUUGUCUGUCCAAACUCCUGCAAGAAGUCAUUCUGGUUCUCAUGUUGCUCUCUAAGAACUUGCCCUGUCCUUCCCUUUGUAAGCAUUACUUUAGGCAGUAGGCAAGCAGGAGUCGCCCAAGACCAGGAGAAAAAGAAAAUGCAAAGAUUCAUGCAUUUGCCUCACUAUUCAGAGGAGAUUAUCCCCACUUCAUAGACAGUUUAUCAAUCAAGUGGAAUUUCAUCCUUGCUUAUGUAUUUCCUACUGUAAACCUCAUUUCAAGAGUAUUACAAAAAAAUAAGAUCAGACAAAGCUGAAGUACUGGUCAUCAUCCUCACCUAAGUUACCUGUCCCCCUAUUUAUUUUGAAAAAAAAAUUUUUUUUGAGGUCUUCAUGUACCUACCUAACUGUUAAGGAAAUUAUAAACUGUCAUAUAUACACACAUGGCAGAACAGGAGGGAUGUUCCUUCCUUUGGGACAUAUCUUCUGAAAGAUGUAAAGUUAAAAGGUCCCUUCCCCUUAUGGUAUAAAUCCACUAAGCUGCCCUCAGUUCUUCUUUGUCCCCAGCGAGGGACGGGCGAGUCCUGGGGAGGCACGUGGGAUGCUGUGCAGAGUAAUUCGGUCAGAAAGGUCCCUGGGUGGAGAGCUGAGCAACCUGGCUCCUAACAAAGAAUAGUUAGGUUUUUGUGAUGAGAUUAAGUCUCCACGUUGAAAGCUUCUAUUUACAUUUAUUUUUAAAUAAGGAUUUUUCAAUAUUGUUUUCUAUUGCAGAAAUGUCUAGUCCUGUUUCUCCAGAACAAAUGGAAAAGGGCAAAGAACCAAAUCAAGUACCUAACAAGGUUGACUGUAAAUCACGUCAUCUGGAAUGUAGUGAGUGUUCUACACCUCUUCUAGAUGGCACAAAGAAAAAGGUUUGCAAUCAAUGUUCCUGCUUAAUACUAGAAAAAUCUAAGCUAAAGGAGAUGGAUACAUUCUUACCCUGGUUCCAAGACAAUCUGAGUUAUUUAAAGAAUCUGUUAAAGCAAGUAUGCCUGCAGUAUUACAAAAGGUCAUAUAUGAAAAAGAUCACCUUCAAGAUCUGAAUUGUCAUCAGGAGAAUGUUCAGUCUCCUCAUUUUAAGAUGAUUCCAGCAGUUCAUCAUCUGUGGAAGUUGAUAAUAAAGGCAUGCUACAAUUGGUGAAACUCGUGCAAAGGGAAUUGGAAAAUCCUGAAAAAAAAUUGCUUUGAUUUCUAGACAUUUUAAGGACAUUUUCAAACUGCAAGGAGAAGACAGAUGGGAAGAGUUACCCUCAGUUGACAUACAGGUGGAUCUACUUUCUAAAAAGACCACCAUUCCUAUUUGGCAGAGUUUCUGGGUUAAAAGAGCCAAUGGAUAAAAGAGCAGAAACCUUUUGCAGAUGAGCCUAUCGAGUAGGCUUUCAAUGCAGAGCUGAUAUGGCAGAAGCAUCAAUAGCAAAACCUCAAAGUUGCUGGAUUCAAGCUUUGGAAGAUCACUUUAAGGAUCAACAAGACAAAGAUCUUUCGCAUUUACUACAAAAUCUAAGGCGGUCUAAUAAUUAGCAUGCAAGCUCAUUGAGCAGGGCCUUCAACCCCUCUGUUCCUGUGUGUCCAACUUGUCUGGUUACAACUACAUGUCUGUUCAUCCACCCAUUGUAAAGCGCUGUGGAAUUUGAUGGUGCUAUAUAAAUAUCAUAAUAAUAAUAAUUAUAUUCCGGAUAUGGCGAUGGAAAUCCAAAGAUAAAAAAUGGGUAUAUUCAUGUCUGUUCCUGUUUCCAAACCAGAUUGUUCAUUCUGCCCGAUACUGGAUAUAAAAGAAAUAAACACAUUUAUUCCGUAUCAAUGAUUCAGGAUUGAAACAAUAGUAUCUGUUACUCACAUCCUACAAGAAGAAGAUCUAAUGGCUACUUUAGAUCUAAAAGAUGCUAGCCUCCAUAUUCCGAUAGCCAAGUCAUCCAGAGAAUUUCUAAGAUUUGCAGUAAAAAGAGGCACGAAGACUCUUCAUUUCCAAUUCAAAGCCCUACCAUAUGGCAUAUCAUUCACUCCAAGGAUUUUUACAAAAGUCCUAGCUCCUAUAACCAUAGUUCUAAAGGAACAAGUUGUUCCCAUCAGUGGUGUAUUUUGGAUUUGUGCUGCCCUAGGCACAACUAAAUUCGGGCACCCCCAAAAUCUAAAUUUGUCCCCCCAAUUCGUAUCAAGGCCACUUUUUUGACUGACAGACACAUGCCCUCAUUGAUACAUGCACUGAUAUACACUCACUGACAGAUACAGUCAUUGGCGCACACACUGUAUAACCAACACACACUUUCACUGACAGACACACACUGACACACCCACUCACUGACAGGCACACACUCUCAGAUACACAUAAAAUUACAUACACACACUGACUCACAGGCACACCCAUGCUCACUGAAAGACACACACACACUUUCCCUCACUCACAGACACACACUGACAGCUACACACACUUACUCACAAUAAGGUGGACAGCCCCAGAACACGAGGCAAACAAGGCAUUUGUCUGGGAGUUUGGGGUGGCUUUUUUUUGGCGCCCCCCAAAAGUGCCGCCUUAGGCGAAUGUCUUGUUUGCCUUGUGGUAAAUACAUCCCUGAUUCCCAUUGUUUUCCAUUUAGACGAUUGGUUCAUAAAAACAAACUUUCACUUAUAAAAGAUGUAAAGAUAACUUUAAAAGUUCUGAAGGAACAUGGAUUGAUCAUCAAUUAGACAAAGUCUCAAUUACAGCUUGUAAGAGUAAUCCAAUCCCUCAGGUUUAUGAUAAACUUAGAUUCCCUGACCUUCCAUCUUACUCCAAUGAAGAGUGGAAAACCAGGAGAGAAAUAUCAGGCAUUUAACAAUGGUCAAGAUGAUCAAUAAGAAAAACUUUCCCCCUUAUAAUUGGAAAUUCUCUCAAAUUGAUCACAAAGAGAAGAAGAAUUGGAUUUUAUGUUCAGUAUCUCAGAAAAUUGAAAAGUUCAGCUUUCAUGAUAGAUAAGGUCAAAAUUCCUGACUUAAGUUAUCUAAUUUUGACAAAAAGAUUGGAUAAUACUCACAAUGGAUACAUCAAAAUUAGGUUGGGGAGCACACCUGAUGUAUGACAUGUGCCAAGGAAAAUGGUCAAAAGAAGAAGCAGAUCAUUCUUCAAAUUACAAAGAAUUAAAAGCAUCAGGAAUUCUUCAAACCAGUAAUUUUAGGGAAGUCUGUGAAAAUCCAGUCAGGCAACAAAACCAUGCUAUCCUCCAUAAACGAGCAGGGAGGUACAAGUAUAAGAAUUCUUCACCUUCUGUGUGCAGAAAUAAUGGCCUGGGCCCAGGAAUUUUUAGAAGAUAUGUCAGCCAUCCACAUAAGAGAAAUCAACAACUUAAUUGCAGAUGACCUAGGCAGGAUAGAAUGGUUUUAAAACGAAUGGUCCAAAGAUGUUUUCUCUUGCAGUCAACACGUUCAGUGUGCCUGUUGUGGACCUAAUGGCCAGGAGAAAAAGAAAAUGCAAAGAUUCAUGCAUUUGCCUCACUAUUCAGAGGAGAUUAUCCCCACUUCAUAGACAGUUUAUCAAUCAAGUGGAAUUUCAUCCUUGCUUAUGUAUUUCCUACUGUAAACCUCAUUUCAAGAGUAUUACAAAAAAAUAAGAUCAGACAAAGCUGAAGUACUGGUCAUCAUCCCAUACUGGCCAAAUUAAAGCUGGUUCUCGGCCUUGAAAAUUAUGGCUUCAACAUUCUGGGAACUUCCUCUGUCUUUACAACUGAUAGAGAACGAAGAUAUAAUUCAGAUGUCCAUAUUGACAUCUUCAGCAUUAAGGCAUUUUAGAGGACAAGUUUGAUAUAUUGCUUGGUUCUACCAGGAAAUCCACUUCCAAAAUAUAUUUGAGGAUUUGAUUGAAGUUCCUACAUCAGUGCAAGGAACAUAGCUGUCUCCAUAUUUCACCUUCAAUUAAUUCCAUUCUUAGCUUUCUUCAAGAUGGGUUGAAGGUUGAUGGGCUAAGUGUCUUAACUCUAAAAGUUCACCUUCUGCACAAAGUAACUUUUUGGUAAAAAAUCUAGCUACGAAUAUUCCUGUUCAUAGAUUUUUUUUUUAAAGCCAUCAGACUUCACAAACCUACAAAGAAUUUUUUUUUUCCUACAUAGGACUUAUCUGUGGUUUUCGGAGCUCUUUGUAAUCCACCAUUUGAGCGGUUAGAAGAAAUCGUUUUGAAAAUCCUGUCUCUUAAGACCGCCUUUUUUAGUUGCAAUUACAUCUGCAAAAAAAGUUAGUAAGAUUUAGUUUUUUUCUGCUUCUGAUGAUUUCACUAUUGUUUUCGCUGAAAAAGUAAUUUUACUCCCAAAGCCUUAAUUUUAGCCAAAAGUUUACACGUCAAAAGCUAGAAACAGCCUGAUUGUACUACCUUCAUAUUGUAGUGGUGCAUCCUCUCUUCAAGAAAAAACAUGGCAUAUUGUAGAUCUAAGGAGAUCUCUGAAAAUUUAUAUGAACCGUUCCUCCAAAAUAAUAAAAUUGGAUCAUCUUUUUUUAAAUUUUGGGGGAAAAUUCUAAGGAGAAAGGGUACAAAGAACACUAUUUCAAGAUGACUUGUAGAUACCAUAUAGCUGGCCUAUUGCUCUAGCAGUUUAACAUUGCCUAUGUCUGAGAGCACAUUCUACAAGAGCCACGGCCGCAUCUAGGCCUGAAAAUUCUCAAGCUUCACCAGAAGACAUCUGUAAAGCAGCCACUUGGUCUUCGUAUAACACCUUCAUUAAACACUACAGGCUAGACAUAUUCUUGGCCUCUAAAGCUGCGUUCGGGUGAAAGGUGCUUCAUGCAGUUGUUGCCUAAUUCCAGCCCUGGUUUUUGGAGAUCUUGAGAUACAUUUCCUGAACUGCCACCAUAUGCCAGGAGAAACAGAAAUUUGACUUACCGUAAAUUAUUUUUUCUUUAAUAUGGUGGCAGUACAAGUUUCUGUCCCUUUUUGAUAAUAAAUAUUUUGCAGUAUUGGUGUCU